CACAUAUCGCGAACGAUCUCUCCCAGGAAGGUGUGCUAGUUCGUUUCUCUGUGAAAUGCACUGUAUUGCAUUAGUAUAACGUUAUCACUAUUAGAAUUAUAACAUCAUUAAACCAAAAUGAUUUAAGUAAGGAGGUACUUGGCGCUUGUCGCGGGCCUCGAAUAUUUAAUGGAAACGAAUUUAAGGUAGCUUUAGGCCCGGUAGUUCGUGUAUCUGUCAGUUUCUACAAUUAAAUCGAAGUUCUUACUUUUUACUGGGACUGCAACGGUGUGUCAGUGAAAAUAAAGUGUUAGUAUUAAUUCAAAAAAGUAUUGCCUUGAAUUGUCAAACGAAAUUCGAGGCAUGCGUAGGACGUGCGCGACGUGUACCGAAGUUUGACGUGGUUAGUGUGUGUUUUGAGGUUAUUUUUGUGUUCGUGUAACUGACCUAUACUUGUUUAAAGAGAGCUCCGAAUCUUUAUUUUCAUUCUGACAGUCUGUCGAAUAAGUUCCUUCAGCAAGAACUUUGAAAAUCAUCUUUCCUAAUCUAAUUUAAAUUCUGUAUUGGUCACUGAAGAAAAAAAAAACAAAAGUUUAAAGAGUGGUGUUUGAUAACAUUGAUAAUAAUUAAGGACACGAUAUUGGAUUCUCUAUCAUAAAGUAGUGGAUAAAAUUUUAUUCAUAGUCAGCGUAUUAUAUCUGUGUACAGUCAUGGAAACGUUAUUAAAUAUUCAGACUGAUCCAAGACAUUAACAAAACAACGCUUCAACAUGAACAUUUGUUUCUUUGUGAUAACUUGCCUCAAAACGUGCCAAGCCAUUGUGACAAUAAGCUGAACUAAUUCGGAUUAUAAAUAAAUCUGUCAAUUGGAAAUAAUUUGAAUAUCAAAAACACAAAAUGUUGUGUAUAAAGAAAUUAUACCACGAGGAACUAUUCCAAUUAGCACUUCUACUUUCCUUAUUAAGACUAGACCCAGAAUCCUACCUUGGUUUGGAUAUUCAAACCAUAGGUGUAGGUUCGUUAGAUCUAAACAAUGGGUCUAGGUGGCACACCGAUGUUCAUACAAUAGUUCAUCGCCCUAUCUUUGUUCACCCAAAAAACCUAGAUUCUAUGCUUUUAAAUUAUGAGAGAGAUUUAUUUGAAGACUUAAAUUCAUUAGGAAGAUACAAUAGAAUAAAUUCUGGUUUAAAUGACAUCCAUGCAUAUCUGUUAAACACUGAGGAAUCUGGAAGAGAUGUUGAUAUAGCAGGACCUAGUAUAUCAUUUUCUACAGACCUAACUAGGAAUAUAACAUCACCUGACCCAUCAAAUUCUUCGCAAAGUCCUGACGAACCGGCUAAUACGGCAGAACUUACUCAAGAGGAUAUGGAUUUAAUCGAAGUACUUUGGAAACAAGACGUAGAUCUGGGAUUUACGUUAGUGGAAGCACCAACAACAACAACGAAAAAGACGUCCACGUUGGAAAAGGAGUCCGACGAUGAGAUCGAGAAAUUAAAAGCUCUAGAAGCGAUCAAUGGAACUAACAAAAAGAAAGACACAAAGGAAUAUGACGAGCCACAGGAUGAUCCAUGGGCAGGUCUUCCUUAUACCGUCGAUCUCGAAACUGGUGAAUAUAUCCUCAAUUCCGGCAGUCAAGGAGAAAACGGAAACAACGCGGUCGAAGAAGACGAUCAACUCCUUAGAGACUCGUCGUUGGAUUUAGAAAAUCACCCGUUAGCCGGGCUAGCCGACGAUUCUUUGGGAUUAACCAACACUUUAGAACUCGAGAAUGAUUUCCCUUCGGACUUACUGGAAAGUGGCCUCUUAGGAAGCGCAAACGUCGAAGGCCUUCUUAACAACGAUACUUUGGGACUUCCCGACGGAUUCAACCUCGAAGAGGCGCUACAACUUGUUGGUCUCGAUGAGGCGCAAUCAGAGGAAACGAAGCCGGAAGUGAAGAAGAAGGAAAAAGAUAGCAUCGAAGAAUCCACGAGUGCAAAGGACGAGUCGGCUAUUACCAGCUCGAGCAGCGUCGAGGUCGCGAAGUCAUCCAGGUGCGAGGAUCCUGAGACCGGCGACAUGAUUCACACACCGCAGUUUCAUCAUCCCCAUCAUCCACACCAUCGUUCCUUGCAAGGUCGCAUGCCAUUCAUGCGUGCAAUGAGCAUGGAACAACGGUGGCAAGAUCUAGCAUCUCUUUUAUCGCUACCUGGUGCACCAGAUCACUUUGCACAUCCGGCACAUCCUGGAUACCCAGGGCACGGUAUAAGCCACAGUCAUUAUGAAGCACAACGUAAUGUAUUGCUUCACAAUGCUACUUUGGCCCCACCGGUGGGUGAUCUUAAUGCGACGAGCCCGUAUCACAAUGUGGGUGGGUCAUCAAAUCUGGGUUCGGCCGUAGCAACGUCAAUGAAUUUAACAAACAGUAGCGAACCGAUGGGCGCAGAAAGUGGAGCAGCUUAUAAAUCCGAGCCGGCGGAUAUGAUGUACUACCAUACACCAACUUCCGAUUCGAUCAAUCAAACCACCGAUGGUUUUCUUUCAUCUCUCCUUAAUGACGAGGAUUUACAUCUGAUGGAUAUGGCGAUGAAUGAUGGCAUGUAUACCAUGCGCAUGCUAGAUAAUGGUAAUAACAACGCUUCUGGUCCAACGGGAGCAGCAGCCUUGUCAGGAGUUCAGACAGCUGGUGGUACGACCUCUUCGGCGACAGGAGUUACGACACUUCCGGGUGUAACAGACGAAAGGAUGGAUGCAUCCAGUGAUAGUGCUGUCAGCAGCAUGGGCAGCGAACGUGUACCAUCCCUUUCGGAUGGCGAGUGGAUGGAAACAGGAUCUAAUUCUAGCCAUACACAGGCUGAUUCUCAUUAUACUAUGGAUUAUGCUAGCAAAUACCGCAUGUCAUACGACUGUAACUAUUCCGUUUCUGGAAGGAAUGCUGGUUCACCAAGAUGUCAAACAGAGCGUACAAUGCCUCCAGUUGCUCAAAAAAAACAUCAGAUGUUUGCAAAACGAUACUUCCAGGAACAAGGAACUGGUUCGCCUCUUGGAGCUACAGCACAUCCUACCACUCCAAUGAAAUAUGAAUAUGAAUCGCACACAGUCGGUGCUGGGGCACCAGGAAAUGCCUAUUCUGGUCCGAUCGAGGGUGCAGCUGGGCCUCAACCUGAAAUAAAAUAUAGUUGUAGUGUAGAUUUCAGUCGUCAUCAAUCAGGACGUUCAGCUAUAGAACACGUUCAUCAUAAUCACACGUACCAUUUACCUGCAGAAAGUUCCGGAUCUCUUCAACGUCCAGUUUCUCGUGACAAAAAAGUACGUAAAAGUGAUAGCGAGGAACACCUAACUAGAGAUGAGAAAAGAGCAAGGGCGUUGAAUGUCCCUAUUCCGGUGAAUGAUAUUAUUAAUCUACCAAUGGACGAAUUUAACGAACGUCUUAGUAAAUACGAUCUCAGUGAAGCACAAUUGUCUUUGAUACGUGACAUUAGAAGACGGGGCAAGAACAAAGUUGCCGCUCAAAACUGUCGCAAGCGUAAGCUAGAUCAAAUCAUUAGCCUUGCUGACGAAGUAAAGGAGAUGAGAGACCGCAAGAUGAGGCUUAUUCGUGAACGAGAAUUCAUGCUUAUUGAAAGACAACGUGUAAAAGAUAAAUUUAGUCAACUAUAUCGUCAUGUAUUUCAAUCCUUACGUGACCCUGAUGGCAAUCAAUAUCAUCCUUACGAAUACAGUCUUCAACAGUCUGCCGAUGGAAAUGUGUUGUUAGUGCCAAGGAACCAGACGAAUCCUCACCAUCCACGUCCUACAACAAUGGAACCAAAAACAAAACCUGAUCCUGAACAUAAGGAAUGAAAUUAUCAAGAAAUCACGUUUUAAAACGUUUGGGAAGAGGAACUUUAUUUUCUUCAUAUACCGGCUGCUCUUUUGCAAAACGAACAUAAAGACGGUGCUGAGACGAAAACUCACCUACGAUUUUAAAUACCACAAUGACGAGUUUGCGUAGAAAACUUAUUGCUUAAUACUGAUAUAUUUCACACAUGUUCAAAUAAAUGAAAAAAUUUUCAAGUUUUGCAGAAACUCACAUUGAGUCUCACGUUUCUUUACGACUAAAGAAUAAUCAUCAAACGUAAGAAAUGUCGAUUGUACAUAUAGUUAUAUAGCAUAAAUAAACCAAUAAACAAUAUAAAUAGAAAAAAAGUAGACAACACUUAUAAAAGUCUGCGUUAUAUUUUUUAAUGUAAAAUUUUUAUUUAUUAUUUUAAACAACGAUAUCAUUAUGAGUUGAUUUACAAUCAUGAGUUCAUUAAAAAAAAUAAUCAUAUUAUAAAAUUUUUUAAGCGUCACUUUUUUUCUAUUAAAAUUCAAGGGAACAUUAUAAUAAUAAUCCAAUUAAAAUAAUUUUCUUAUAAUUCUCUUUUGUUAUUUUUAUAACACAAGUGUGUUUUAAUCCUAAAUGCAUGUAUAUGUACAUGUAUGUUUUUUACGCACUGUGAGUAUAUUACAUAUACAUAUAGUGAGUAUAUUACAUAUACUUACAUUUUUAUGAAGAGGAUUUAAUGCGUUUCGAUGCAGUUGUUUCAGUUAUAAAUAUAUAUACAUAUGAUAUAUAUUUGAUAUAUAACUGACGUAGGUGUUAACUAUCUGCGAUCACAUCGAAAUGUGAUUAUUCAAUAUAAUUCGUGUCUGUUAAAUUAAAUCACUUUCAAAAUUAUUAAAAUAUAAACUUGCCAAACUUCAUAAAUAUUUGCAUAUUUUGAUAGAAAUAAAAAAGGGAGUUACAUUGAGUUUGUUAUACAUAACUCAAUAGGGAAGAGAUAAAAUAUAUCUGCACAAAUAUGCAAUGCUAGGGAAAUAAACAUUUGUUGCACAACAUGUUUGUAAUUUGCAAUGAUAAAAAUCAGGAACGCAAAAUUAAACUUGCAUUUAUUAAAUUGGAAAUUAAAUAAAAGGAACAAUUUAAAUAAUAAAAAAUGUGUGUUAAAGCAUCGAAUAAUAUAUAUUGUUCUAUGAACUGUUUAGUGUUCUGUACAGUAAACUGCUCCAAAAAUGUUAAAUUUCAGUCCGUUCAAAUGAAAUAUUAACGAUAAAUUGUAAUAUAAAGUGAGGAGAUAUCUAGUAAUUAAUGUGACUAUGUGGAUACUUUUAACGCAACGUGUUGUACUGCUACAAUAUUAAUAAUAGUAUUGUUUGAAACAUGAACGAAAACAUAACAAAUACACAUAUUUUUAUAAAGUAAGGGACGAAUAAAGUUUAGGUAUUUCACAUUUGUCUUUGUAUAUAUAUAUUAAUAUAGUUAGAAUAAUUUUCUAUAAAUAUUAUACAUAUAUAAAUAUCGAACAUAUGUAUUUAUGUAUAUACAUGUAUAUGUAUAAAUACAUAUAUGCAGAGUAAUAAUUGAGAUAUAUGUUAUAAGAUUAAAAACGAAAAAGAAAUACUGUUUAUGCCGACAAUUUAUAAUAGUCAUGUCUUUAUUAACAUUUACAUACACAAUUGUAUUUAUAUUAUUGGGUGUAGGCUGCCUUUACGUACUGUAUUUAGCGAGUGGAGAUCACAUUGUUAAGAAUUGCUGCAAAAAGAAUAAUUUACAAUUACUCUGUUCGUGAAUUGUACAAACGAACUAGAUUUAUACACCUCAAUUCCAUCUGAUCACAUUGUCAUUUUAAGAUCUCCUAUGUCAUUAAAUUUCUAUAUUGUAUAAAUAAAGCUGAAUAAACCUUUGGGGAAAUUACUGUA